AUGGCUGGAGAAGAUGAUACAUCUGCAGCCAAGAACCAGAAACAAGAUCAAAGCACCGACCACGGUUCACCCUUCUAUCUACAUCCUUCGGAUACUCCGAGACAGAUGCAGAUUGGGUUCGUUGACGGUACCGUAAAAAAGCCCGAAAAGAACGACAUCAACCAUAUGGCAUGGCUGCGGUGUGACGCUAUGAUUAAGGGGUGGCUCACCACGUCUAUGGAGAAAGAGAUACGGGUCAGCGUGAAAUACGCAACCACUGCUGAAGAAAUCUGGAAAGACUUACGUGAACUGUUUGGAAAGGAAAGUGCACCGAGGGCUUAUGAGUUGAAACAACUCUUAAGCAUGACAAAACAGGAUGGGUCUUCGGUUUCAGCUUACUAUACACGGCUGAGGGUUAUAUGGGACGAGAUUGGAUCGGUGUUUCACGUAGCAAGAUGCUCGUGUAGUGAAUGCAAGUGUGGAGUCGGCAAAACUGCAGGUGAACAGAGAGAUAAAGAGAAGUUGUAUGAAUUCCUCCUUGGCCUUGACAAUGAUUAUUCCACCAUCAGGACCCAGAUUCUCGCUAUGAAGCCGGUCCCGUCAGUAGGUGAAGCCUAUCGACUGGCUUCCGAAGAUGAGCAGCAGAGAGCUGUUUCGGGUGGAAGAAAAAUUGGCCCAGAUAAUGCCUCGGCAUUCCAUGCUUAUACCAAGCGAGAAGGAUGA